AUGUUCCCAAUGCUAUUCAACACUUCGCCAAAGGCUACUGUCCUGCCCAUGUAUACAGAGAAGCAAGGCAGCUCAGCUUCACCUCUAAAUUCCUUAUCUCGACCAAUUCGAGUCCGACUUGCUGCGGGCUUGUUGGUCUUCUUGUUGACUUUGUCUUCGUACGCCCUCAUCACCUCUCGCCCCUUAUUCGGAGCGACGACGAAGGCUUACUCGCAGCGCCCCGGAUGGAGGCCUACGCGAGUAUCAAGGCCAGCGGUCACCAAGCCCGCAUUCGAGUUCACUCCCUUCCAAGAACUCGCAGCCAUCACCUCCUUCAUCACUGCCCUCCCCUCCAACAUGAUCCCCCCCUUCGUCAACCCGUCGACUCCCAUCGACCCUCAGUUGGUCUUGGGCUUUGAUGUCGCCAGGCACCCAGAGGAAAUGACAGUGGUAGAAGACGACGUAUGGACAAGACACCCAGUAGUUCUCUACUCUAAGUACUAUUCUGCUCAAUCUCGUUCUGCUAAGGCCCAGCUCACUUCACUUGAGCUCAACCCUGCCCCUACAUUCAUCGAUGUCGACACUCGAGAUGAUGCCAGCAUUUUGGCACCGAUCCUUGCGCGCCUCACUGAAACAUCUGAACUCCCCAUCUUGGUCAUCGGCGGCCAUGUCUUACGCCCUGCCUCAUCGUCGCUCGGGCUUGACACCCUUAUCGAGUCCCUGCAUCAUUCAGGAGAACUCGACGCCAUCAUGGCUGACGCCGGCGCCAUUGUCGGUGGAACUCACAAAGUCGCAGUGAAGCAACCAGUCCAGGCGGACCCAAGGAAGCCGAAGGUGAAGAAGGAGAUGAGCGAAGCCGAAAGGAUAUUCCGCGGCCUCAUCAGCAUAUAA